CACACGCGCGUCGAAUAAGAUCGCGUCACGAAAAUAUUAGAAAUCUCGACGUUCGUCUCUAUCAUUAUUUCAAGUAUACGAAAACAAAGAAUUACGCUAAUUCAGUGGAAUUAGAUUUCGGAUUGGGCGUAAAAACAUUAUGAUCACUUCCCAAUUGUUUUUUUUAUACUGUUACUGAUAUUGUUCAGUUUUUAUGUGGAAAGCGAUAAAGUAAACAUUGAGAGGACCGGAGUGGGGGUCCCGAGAACGUUUCGAGCGCUCAAAAAUAAAAACAAAAGCACGAGCGAGUAUAUAGGGAGACGUUGAUUGUUGAACUGAACUACUGAACAGCGCGGAGAAAGAAACAAGAGCCGAGUCAGUUAGCGAAAGUAUUUCACAGGUACACGAUUAAGCAGACCCGAAAAUAAAGUCUAAAAAACGAAUAAAAAAACAAUAUAAAUUAAAGCUCGCAAAUCACGACGUUGAGUAGAGAAAAUUUGAAAAGUCUGCCGUUAGGAGUCGCGCUUACUUAUACCUCGGUCGGGGGCGUCGGGGGUGAUCAAAAUGUGAAUAAAAAUGGUGGCCAACUCUUUCGGUAACUCUGUACCGAUGAUAUCCGUUUUACUGAUCAAGUUUGGGGAGUUGUUUCUCAAUUGAGCCGCUAGGUACGUCGAGCGAGGAUUUGGUGCCGCAAUUGCUUGGAAUGUUCGACGAGUUGGCUCGUCGAGGUGAGGGUUGUUCUUACGGUGAUCUACAGACGGGAGGAGGGUGCAACAUACCGGUCGCAAUACAGAAACGCUUGAGCCUGGUGCCGCAUUCUCAUCGUGGCUCCAUAUUUGGUCAACUCUGUUCGUCGGACACAGCGACGACAACCACGACAACGACAACGACAACAACGAAAAUGACGACGAUUCUCGUCCCGUCCGGAUCCCAGAUUGAAACGAGAAUGGAAGAAAGAACGAAGCAGGAGGACGAGAUCGAAACUGAAGAAAACGACAGCGCGAGAUGGCCGAGAAACCAAGAUCAUUCGAUCAACGAAAUAUUCACUGAUACAAACGAAAUUAACAACUUGAGCGUCGCCAAAGAUGUCGAUAAUCGUACCAGUGAUAAAACGAUUUAUCGACGCGAAGCCAACGUCGGUCUCACGCCCCUGAGAUACAGCAGACGCUCCGGUGGUCGUGGAAUUGUCAAUAGACCUUUGUCGGGAAGUUCUAUCGCCUCGAGCACUUCCUCCAGCGGUUGCAGCAAUCAGGGAAACGCCAAUGCCGCCAAUCCUUACUUAACAUCUGUAGAAUCGUUGGCUGACACAUGCGCAAGUUCCCAAGGAUCCGGUGACAGCGGGGUCAUUACGAUAUCAGAGGCCAGCUGCAGGGUCCACGGUGUCGAUGGCAAUCCACGGAGAAACAGCUCCGAAGCUGAUUCCUCGAUUUAUCACAGACCGAGGUAUUGCGAUCCCCAUCGCAAUCCUGUCGAGAGAGUUUUGCUGGAAAUUGUCGAUACCGAGGCCAUUUACGUUGAGCAUCUUCGACAGGUCAUUCAGGGCUACCUCAUAUUUUGGAGGGACGAUCCUGCGGGGCUGGUGAGACAACUGCAACUCAAUCAUUUGUUCAGCAAUAUCGAGGAUAUUUUCGAAUUUAACAGAGAGUUCCUAAAAGAAAUCGAAACUUGCGGCCUCGAUCCAGUCUGCGUUGCAAAUACAUUCAUCAAACACAAUGCCGGGUUCAAAGUUUACACCGAAUAUUGCACCAACUAUCCCAGAACCGUCUCGGUACUUACCGAUCUCAUGGGCCAGGAAGUCACCGCGAAUGCGUUUCGAGAACGACAAGCAGCUUUGGGUCAUGCGCUGCCGCUUGGUUCGUUUUUGCUCAAGCCUGUUCAGAGGAUUCUCAAAUAUCAUCUAUUGCUCGAGAAUUUGAGUAAAGAAUACGAAGCCGGAUGUGGAGAAAAUGGAAAAGAAGCGGAAGGGCGAGACGCGAUCGAAGGAGCUCUCGAAGCAAUGACCGGUAUCGCUAAGCACAUUAACGCAAUGAAACGACGACACGAGCACGCGGUACGAGUACAAGAGAUUCAAUCGUUGUUGUACGGUUGGCCGGGACCGGAUUUGACGACGAGCGGUGAAUUAGUAGCUGAGGGAAGAUUUCGUAUGCGUGGUGCAAAAGCACCCAGGCACGCGUUUCUAUUCGAUCGAAUGUUACUGCUGACGAAAAAGAAGGAGGACGGACUUCUCGUUUACAAAGCACACAUUAUGUGUUCGAAUUUAAUGCUGAUCGAAAGUAUUCCUGGCGAGCCAUGCAGCUUUCACGUGAUACCUUUCGACAACCCACGUUUACAGUGUACUCUUCAGGCUCGGAACGUCGAACAGAAAAGAGAAUGGGCUCUUCAAAUAAAGAGGGUGAUAUUAGAAAAUUACAACGCAGUUAUACCUUCGCACGCGAGGCAGUUAGUACUUCAGCUUGGUCAGAGUCAGCAGGAUGAAGAUUCGCCGGUGGACAAAGGAUCCGCUAAAAAGCAGUAUUCUGCACCGCCCGAAUAUCUCGAGAAACGGAAACAGGAAAAGGAGAGACGAAGAUCCGAGACUGGAUUGAGGCAAAAGUUGAAAAAGAAUUCUGGCAAAUUGGACCAUUCAAAAGCGUCAACGGAGAAUUCUCCGGCGUCCGAGCGUAGAAAACAGCCGGAAGAUUCCUCAGCGAUGCACAGUUCGAGGGACCGGAGUUUGAACCGAUCUUUGGACGCGCGAGCUUCAAAGGUGAAAGACCGUUUCACAAAUUGGCGAAGAAAGUCUGAACCGGGUUUUCAGUCUUACGUAUCGUUAGAUCAGUCGGACGAAGAGAAUAAGAAGAUUCCAGGCUCGGAUGAAUCUUCGCAGACUUUGUGCGAAAACGGGUUGACGAACGAGGACGACGCAUCUGAAUCGAGCGGACGAAUGGAAAAUUUAUCAGCUGAAACCAAAGAUGAAAAGCGCCAGGAGCAAGAAGAACAACAGCCGGAAGAACAAAACCAACAACAGCAACAAAAAGUACAGACACAAACGGUCGAGCAAAUAGUCGGUCAUAUUCUCAUGCAAAAUCAGGAAUUCCAACGAUUAUUAGAAAAGCAGCGAAACAACAGUACAAUAAACGUGAGACAUCAACAACGUUUCAACAAGCACGCUCCCGUUGACACUUCGGAUGAGAGUGACACAGACAACACCAAUUACCCUACCGAAAUAACUAACAAUAUGAUAAACAAUAAUCACAACAACAAUAAUAACAAUAAAGAUAAUCGUAGCGUUAGAUCUAAUCGGCGAGAGCAACGUAUGAUUCUAACGAACAACGCCUGGAACGCUUUUUCCUCCUCGCAACCCCGAGACGUGCAGCCAACAUUGCAGCUGCGUUACGACAAUUUGCGAGCUGAUAAUGAUAGCAAAGCAGGAGGAACGAACAACGAGACGGGUAGCCGAGCGGGUCGCGUUAAUGAAAAACGAGCCAUUUUCGAAGCUUUCAAACGACCCAGCAUCGUGACAGACAGUAAAAUCAUAAAAACCGCCCUCCGCCUUAGAGAACACUCGUCAAACGAGGAAAACAAUUCUGCUGUUACGAAAAAUCGCGAAAACUCUCCACAGCGGACUGUCGACGAAUCGUUGAAAGCUAUUAACGAAGAUUCCAAAGAGAUUAACGACGAGAGAAUGAAAAAUUCUCAAGUUUGCAAGGAUUUUGGUAAUUAUGAUAAUCUCCAACACGUUUGGGAGGGCUUCAACGCCGAGGGUGUCAAUGACAACGAGAGCCCAACCAGACCGGCCGUCUGGCUGACGAAAUUGUGCGAAGGUUUACCUAUUUCGCCACAAAAAGCUGGGUCGUUACCGCGAAGCUUCCAAAUAAUGCCAAAUUCGCAACAACCCGCGAUAACGAAAGCGAGAUUUUUGCAAAGAGAUGGAAAACCCAUGAGCGAACGACCUUUCACGAUUGCCUCGGAUAAACCGGCUGAAAUUAAUUUGGAGGAUAUGGAGAGAUACGCCUCGUCCUGCCAGCCGGAGGGUAGGAUCGCCAAAUUCCCGACGACCGCGACAACCUCGUCGUCCACUUUUUUCCUCAGUCUCGACGAUAAUUUGACCGACGCUUACGCAGAGAUACACACGCCAGUGACGUCGACGAACAUCCAUCCGGAUCACAAAAUUUAUCGCGCGAACAUCGGUGGCAGUGCAAUUCUGAAAAGCGUCCUCUCGAAAGCCGGAAGCACUAUCCAAGGCUUGAGAACAACGAUGAGCACCGAGACUCUUGAAAGCAACGACGAAUUCGAAAGACGAAAAUACUCGCGAUCGUUGAGCACUGGGAAAUCGAAAAAAAGAUCAAGCAAGCUGAGAUCCUCGAGAGAAUCCUCGUCCGAUCUCGAUGACAAUUCUCACGUCGGAUGUGUUUCAGGAAAUAAUGGAAAUUUAAAAAUUCCCGGAUUGUACUACAAGCAAGGAAGCUCGGGCUUGGGCGCCCGAAUCGCGCAGUCAGAUUACGCUGAUCCAUCCUUUUUAUUCUCCGAGUCUAAACGCGCCGAGUUGGCCUCCGCCGAAGUACUCAACAGUACAAAAAGCCACGAUCAACCGAUUGAUUCGAACGAUCGACGGGAGAGCGAGACCGACAGUUUUUACGAACGAUCUUUCGAAACAAUCGAGAACUACGUCGACGCCGAAACUGAUGACGCUUUUCGCGACAGUGCUAUUUUCAGCGACACCGACGAAAUAAUGUCCACAAGACAAACCAACGGCUCCAACAACGAUGGCAUUAUUAUGACUAAAGCCAAAAUCGCCCCGCCUGUACCGGCCAAAAAAAAAUCUCGAAAUUCCAUCGAAUCGAGCUACUUGAACGCCGAAGAAUCAAAAUCCAAACCCGUCGUUGCUCACAAACCGAGUCACCUUAAAAUACGCGGGAAAAUUGCUAGCAGAAACACUGGCGAUUCGACCGACAGAUCUCAACUCGUUGACAGUCAUUCAUCGAAAAAUUUGGAUUUCGUCAAUUCUUCUCACACUAACAGAAGAAAGACUGAUACUAAUCUGACCGAACAGGACCGUAAUGACGUCUCCGCUGGUCAAAGCCAAGCAGGAUGGGUCCGAAAAAUGGUGGGCCAGUUACAAGCUCACAUCGAAACGUGAUGUCUUUUUAUUGUCGAAUCAUCACUUGGAUAUUUAAAAAUAGCUACUCUGGCAAAAAAAGCACGUUCGAUAACGACACAUGCUGUUUUUUGACACGAAUUUAAGCUAAUCGACUUAAUCACAGCCUAGUCUCUACUUACUUUUCUUUCAACGAGAACUCGAGCUUUUCUGGGACUAGUGAGAACUUGAAAAUCCGAGAAAAGAUUCCGAAAUAUCAAACUAUCGAUUUUGUUUCGAUAUAUUUGAAUGGAAAUGAAGUUUUACAUCGAAAAAGUGAAUAAAACAAAGUAAAUAUGGUUUUCUAAAAUGAAACUUUAAUAUAUUGAUAAAACUUGUCACUUUAACGGUAGCUUUACACUUUUUUCACAAAAUUUUGUCAGGUGUUCAAUUUCACACAAUUAUUCGAUCACAAUGAAAUCAGAAAUAAUUUACUGAUCGAUGCGAUAACUAGUCCAAGAAAAUCAAUUCUCUCAAAAUCUCAAUUUGCAUCUAACGGAUGCAUUUUGUGUAUUUUAUGAAAUUAUUUUGUGAUUGCUCUUAACACAAUUAUAUUUACAGUAAUCUGUUAAAAAUAAUUAUUGAGGACAAAUGCGUUACGACCAAGGAGAAUAUAGAAAUUUUUAUGUAUUUUAUGUAUUUAUGCUGGGGUAGAGAGAUAAAAUCGUCUACUUAUCGAGCAUUAAAUAUACAAAUAACGAUAGACCGAAUGUGUUUCGAUUUUCAAAACGUACUUUUUUUUAUCUCUUUUAUUCGUAUUAAAUGGGACACUGAUAAGCGAUCUGCUUUGUUUUCUUUUCACCGUUUCGAAUUGGCCAAUUCAAUUUCGAUCUACAAUAGUAUGAUAUUUAAUGAAAGUAUUCAACUGUAAUAAGUCACGAGUGUACAUAGUUCUAUUAAAUUUUAUGAAUAA